AUGGCAGACACGGUCCCAGCACAAGCCCCAGCCGCAACUGGCACAUCAACAGGUGCAACAACAUCCACAGCACCAGCAACAGCAGGCGCAUCAGGCACAACAACAAGCACACAACCCCCAGCACCAACAACCCAAUCACCGGCAGCCGGAAACCGCGGCCUACCCUACUACGAAAAACUGCGCCGCGACCUCCGCGACGCCCUGCAGAAGAAACGUCUCAUGGACAAAAGCAUGGCCCAACUCGAAGACCAAAUCUUCCGCUUCGAGCAAUCCUACCUCGAAGAAACCACCGCGGGAAACAUCAUCAAAGGCUUCGACAACUACAUCAAGGGGUCCGGGUCGAGCACGGGGCUCGGCGCGAGCGGGAUCGCGCUGGCGGGGGCAUGGGCGGCGCAGCGCGAUUCACCCGCGCCAUCGUCCGUGCAGACUACGCCUUCGCAUGCGCCGACGCCGACGUCGACGUAUAAUGGGUCGAACGGGAAGCCGAAUGGCGAGGGGACGUCGUCUGCUGCGGCGAGCGUCAAGGGGUCUUCGUCUUCGUCGUCGUCGUCGAAGAAUAAGAAGAAGUCUGGGGGUGCGAAUGGCGGUAACAAGGACAAGGAUAAGGAUGAUGAGGGCGAUGAGGGAGGGGAUAAGCCGCCUGCGAAGCGGUUGAAGAUUACUUAUGGGAGGGAUUAG